CUGCACCCGAGGUGGGCGAGGAGAGAAUUGUUCCGAGGCCUGCCCCGUCUCACUUCCACUCGAUUGUAAUUCCAUCCCGGGGCGGGUCGACCUUCCCUCCCACUGGCGGCCAGUCUGUCCCUCCCAUCGGCCUCCGUCGUCCCCCCUCGGCUUCCCCAAGCUGCUCCAGCCGGCUUCACUCUCGCACGCCGACCUCCCGGCUGCUCUCCGGUUCCUUGGGCUCCCCCGUGGACUCCUCUGUGGUUCCUGGUCUCCCGCCUCCUCACCCCUGCCGAGGGAUCGCGGGUCCGCGUGCCCAAGUCCCCCAGGAGACGCCCUUUUCCCUGAGCGUCUGGGACUUGGUGAAACUUUGCAGGCGCCGGCGGAGAAAUGGAUUCAAUCCGAGGCGUCUUGCUCGGGCUCCUGCUCCUGGCUUCCAGCAUCCGACCCGGCGCUCCGUCGCUUAGAGCUGCUCUCCGAAAACCAGGCAAGGUGGGGCCUCCUCUUGACAUCAAGCUGGGUGCCCUGAACUGCACAGCUUUCAGCAUCCAGUGGAAAACGCCACGGCAUCCUGGAAGCCCAGUCACUGGAUACACCGUCUUUUACUCUGAGGUCGAUGCAGAUAAGUCCCUGCAGGAGCGGUCGCACAGUGUGCCUCUCAGCCAGGAUACCCCAGUUGCUGAAGAAGUGAUUGGAGAUUUGAAACCAGGAACUGAAUAUCGAGUGAGCGUAGCAGCUUACAGCCAGACUGGAAAAGGGCGGCUCAGCCCCCCUCAGCACGUUACCACGUUGUCCCAAGAUUCCUGCCGGCCUCCGGCGGCACCCCAGCAGCCACGUGCCCUUGUGGUUUCUGAUUCGGAGGUGGCCCUAUCUUGGAAACCUGGACAGAGUGAAGGACGCUCCCCUAUUCAGUACUAUUCCGUGGAAUUCAUCAGACCAGAUUUUGACAACAAUUGGACCUUAAUCGAAGAGCAGAUCCAGAUGGACUCCAUGGUCAUCAAGGGCCUUGAUCCAGAUACCAACUACCAGUUUGCCGUGAGGGCCGUGAAUCCCCAUGGCCCCAGCCCACGCAGCUGGCCCAGUGACACCAUCCGAACCCUUGGCCCUGAGGAAGCAGGAAGUGGCCGUUAUGGACCUCGUUAUAUCACAGACAUGGGUGCUGGAGAGGAUGAUGAUGGAUUUGAAGACGACCUAGAUCUGGACAUUUCCUUUGAGGAGGUGAAACCACUUCCUGCUACCAAAGGAGGGAAUAAGAAAGUAUUGGUGGAAACUUCUCUGUCCGACCCCCAGUCCAUUUCCAGACCUGCCCCCACUACCUCAGCAUCUUUCCCCACAACUACCGUGGCUCUCCAGCCCACUCCAGCAGAAGGGAAGGGGAAGAAGGGCGAAGCCAUGAUGUUGAGGCUCUUCGAGAAGUUUUGUGAUGAGAUCCUCUGCCCUGCUGACAGCUUUUGUGUCAAUGACUACACCUGGGGGGGCUCACGAUGCCAUUGCAACCUGGGCAAAGGUGGCGAGAGCUGCUCAGAUGAUAUUCUUAUUCAGUAUCCUCAGUUCUUUGGCCACUCCUAUGUAACCUUUGAGCCUCUGAAGAACUCCUAUCAGGCAUUUCAGAUUACUCUUGAAUUUAGGGCGGAGGCAGAGGACGGCUUGCUGCUCUACUGCGGGGAGAACGAAUAUGGAAGGGGCGACUUCAUGUCCCUGGCUAUCAUCCGACGCUCCCUGCAGUUCAGGUUUAAUUGUGGAACAGGGGUCGCUAUCAUUGUAAGUGAGACUAAAAUCAAACUGGGGGCCUGGCACACAGUGGUGCUCUACAGAGAUGGGCUGAAUGGGCUGCUGCAGCUGAACAAUGGCACCCCCAUGACAGGCCAGUCCCAGGGUCAGUACAGUAAAAUUACCUUCCGGACACCUCUCUAUCUUGGUGGGGCUCCCAGCGCUUACUGGUUGGUCAGAGCAACGGGAACAAACCGAGGCUUUCAAGGCUGUGUGCAGUCGCUUUCGGUUAAUGGGAAGAGAACGGAUAUGAGGCCUUGGCCGCUGGGGAAAGCCCUUAGUGGAGCUGAUGUGGGAGAAUGCAGCAGUGGAAUAUGUGAUGAGGCCUCCUGCAUCAAUGGUGGCACCUGCACAGCAAGCAAAGCUGACUCCUACAUUUGCCUCUGUCCCCUUGGGUUCAAAGGUCGACACUGUGAAGAUGCUUUCACCUUGACCAUCCCUCAGUUCAGAGAGUCUCUGAGAUCCUUCGCUGCCACGCCCUGGCCCCUGGAGCCCCAGCAUUACCUCUCCUUCACUGAGUUUGAGAUCAUGUUUCGGCCGGACGCAGGGGACGGUGUUCUCCUAUACAGUUAUGACACAAACAGCAAGGACUUCCUGUCCAUCACGAUGGCAGGCGGCCACGUGGAGUUCCGUUUUGACUGUGGCUCUGGGACUGGUGUUCUGAGGAGUGAAGAUGCCCUCACCCUGGGCCAAUGGCACGAGCUUCGUGUAUCUCGCACAGCGAAGAAUGGCAUCUUACACGUGGAUAAGCAGAAGACGGUAGAGGGAAUGGCAGGGGGAGGCUUCACGCAGAUUAAGUGCAACACGGACAUUUUUAUUGGUGGAGUCCCCAAUUAUGAUGAUGUGAAGAAGAACUCAGGCGUCCUCAAACCAUUCAGUGGGAGUAUCCAGAAGAUCAUCCUGAAUGACCGAACCAUCCAUGUGAAGCAUGACUUCACGUCUGGUGUGAAUGUGGAGAAUGCAGCCCACCCCUGCGUGGGGGCCCCCUGUGCCCAUGGGGGCAGCUGCCGGCCCAGGAAGGAUGGCUAUGAGUGCGACUGCCCCUUGGGCUUUGAGGGCCUGCACUGCCAGAAAGAGUGUGGGAAUUACUGCCUCAAUAAAUCCAGGGGAAGGACGACUGUUGGCCACAGGCCCACAGACACAGCCAACAACCGCAGGAUGGACCCUGGCUGUAUCUCUCGCCCUGGGGCCAUCACCGAAGCCAUCGAGAUCCCGCAGUUUAUUGGCCGCAGUUACCUGACAUAUGACAACCAAGAUAUCCUCAAGAGGGUGUCAGGAUCAAGAUCAAAUGCAUUCAUAAGGUUUAAGUCAACUGUCAAGGAUGGCCUGUUAAUGUGGAGGGGAGACAGCCCCAUGAGACCCAACAGUGACUUCAUUUCCCUGGGCCUUCGGGAUGGAGCCCUGGUGUUCAGCUACAACCUGGGCAGUGGUGUGGCAUCCAUCAUGGUGAACGGCUCCUUCAAUGAUGGCCGGUGGCACCGGGUCAAGGCUGUCAGGGAUGGCCAAUCAGGAAAGAUUACCGUGGAUGACUAUGGAGCCAGAACAGGCAAGUCACCUGGCAUGAUGAGACAACUCAACAUCAACGGACCUCUGUAUGUGGGUGGAAUGAAGGAGAUCGCUCUGCACACGAACAGGCAGUACAUGAGAGGCCUCGUGGGCUGCAUCUCUCAUUUCACGCUGUCCACCGAUUACCACAUUUCCCUCGUGGAAGAUGCUGCAGAUGGGAAAAACAUCAACACUUGUGGAGCCAAGUAACACCAGCUGGCCUUGCCCAGGGGACAGAGCCUCUAUCUUGAGAGUCCCAGGGGCCCUGAGACCCUGCCCGAUGCCACACACAGAGGCCUGGGACCAGGUGUGUUUCCUCUCAUCAAGGGGAAAGUACACCCUGAUGGGAAACUGAGCACCAAGGCAGGAGGCCCUGGGUGGCCUACCUGCUGACACUCUGUGGGCCAAACCCCAUGGAGCACUGUGUGUUGGAAGCAACGGACUUUGUCCAUUGAAUGCAUGGAGUCUGCCAGAGAUCACACAUCAAUGCAAAUUCCAGAGCCUGUCUGCUGUAACUGAAUGAAUGUGUUGUGAUUCAUAGUGCUUAGAAGAGGAGAGAGAGAGAGAGAGAGAGAGAGAUCUCGAAUGAGCCCACAGAGCAGUAUUAAAAUACUUGUCCUUCCCUGGCUCAUGACACUUACUCACAGCAGAAUGACUGUGUGACCUUGAACUUUGAAUUUCCCACCUUGGCCCUAAUCCCUUCCACUCCCUGGUGGCUGGCCCAAAGUGCUCUCACUGUUCCAGGAAAAUAAAGGGUGGGGAAGAUUGAACAUAGAAUCAUGGUCAUAAUGCGGCCCCUCCCCCCAAGUGUACCUUUAAUGUGAAAUCCCUGCUUUUUAUAAUAUCAGUCUAAGAAAAUGGGCCCCAUGAUUUUGUAGCUGUACUUUUGUAUGUGACUAUUUUUAUAGCUGCAGACUGUCUACACGGUAUACCUUAGGGUGUGCUGGUAGUAUACCCUAAUUCUUGCACACUUUCCUAAAAAUUGUCUCCCAAAGAAGACUUGGGGUCAUUUGUGGUAUCAGUGGAGUGGGAGAGGUGACGUGGGUGGGCAACUCGGGGAGCUGACCAUUCUUUUUUUGGUACAUGUUGGUUCUAGGGGAUGAAUAUGAAGCUUUCCAAAAUAAGCAGAUUAAAAGGAAUAUGUGUUACCAAGGUGGGUCAUGGUCCUUCUGUUUGAAGAAAAGGGAAUCUCUUUAGUAAACUUGAAUAAAGGGGACGAAGAAGA